GUCUCUCACUGCUAUUCGGGCAAGAUAGAUCAAAGAGACCGCGAUUCAAACUCUAUGCCACUGAAAAUAAAAUAAAAUUGUUCGAUUAAAAAGAUAUUCGACUAUCUUUAAAAAUGAUGCGCCGAAAGAGGGGUGGUUUAAAAUCUUCGCGAAAGAUGGCAAAGAAAGCUGUACCCGCGGCAUUGCAAACUGAAAUUUCUAAUAAUGAUGAAUGGGAAAAGCUGCUCACUAGAACGGGAUUAAUAGUGGUAGAUGUCUAUUCAGAAUGGAGCGGACCCUGUACAGGAAUGGUGAGCAUCCUAAAAAAAAUCAAAAUGGAAAUCGGAGGAGACGCGUUAAGUUACGCUACGGCGAAGUGCGAUUACAUCACGGAUUUAGAACGUUUCCAAGGGAAGAGUGAACCAAUAUGGAUGUUCAUUCACGAUGGUCGAAUGGUGAAUCUUAUGUUUGGCGCACAAUGUCCACAAUUGCUGAAAAUGUUAACAACGGAAUUGCAACGAGUACAGAAUGGCGAAGAACACGAGUUUUCUCUAGACGUAUCUGAAAGAAGUCCAGAGGAAAUAACACAAUUAAAAAUCAUCGAAGAAACUAGAAUAGCUAAAGAAGCGGCAAAAAAAGCUCGAAAAGAAGCUGAGGCGAUAGCACGAUAUGAAGCGGAGAUGUUACAUCUAACCACUUCAUUAAACAAAGAAACUUGUCUUCUACUUUACCCGUGGAUUUUUAAAGACGAAGAAGGUCAUAGAAGAGAUAAAAGGUCAAGUCCUCCGUACGUGGAGUUAGUUGAAGAGAUUUUACCUGGGAAUUAUGUUGUUGAACAAGAAUUGCGGAAGCGACUUGACGAGGAUAUUCUCAAUACUAUGUUUAAAGAAUCCGAUUAUGCAUUGUCAGCGAAUUUUAAACAAUUACUUAUGGACGGUAAAUGCAUGUUCAUGAGGUUGAAAGUAAAUGAAGAAAAGUCAGACGUUGACAUUCAUCAGCACUUGUUAAGUCUCUUAUUCGGAGAAACAGAACUUCCUGACCCGGAAAAGUCUCUUAACGAAGAAUGUUUUGCUAAACGUCACCGGCCUGCUUACGCGACCGAAAACGAUGGCCAAGUUUUUCCUGUUGUGUGGUCACCACCAAAUUGUAGAAACAAGGCAAUCGCUUUUCGUACAAUUUUCACCACAUACACUAACAAGACAUAUCCGUACGAAGAUAAAACUGCAAAAUUACCUAUAGUAGUAUUUAAAUAUGAUUACACGAAAAAAAAUGAUCUAAAAGUUGUUUUAGAAGAAUUUGAAGACGAAGUCAUUAAUUUUGGUAUCUUUGAAUCUGAUAAACCACCAGAAGCAAAAAUUAUAGCCAAGAGUAUAAACGAGUUUGAAUUAAACACAAGAGAGAGAACUGGGUAUGAAACAUUUGUAUGCGUUGUAAAAAAAGUAGGAUGUGAAGCAUUUUUAGGAUUUGCUGGUAUUGGGCCUUAUCAUGUGAGUGAAAAUCCGGAAAAGGGUACAGAAGAAUCAAAAUUAUAUUUCCCGGAUGUUUCUGCUAUAGAAGAAACGCAAUCAGAUGACGAAGAAAAGCCUGAAGAAAUAGUAGAAGAACUUGAUGAAAGCAAAAAUGCAACAUGA